AGAUGCCUGGCGGGUAAUGUGAGUUCGUUUCCGUUUGAUAGUGCAACUGGUCGGUGUCAAAUAUCUGCGACGGUUAUUGUUCGUUCUUGCUGUUUUCAAGUUGCACGACCUGUUUAGACUGCCAGUAUUUUCGUAUUAAAAAAGCAAGGGCUCUAACGCGAAGAAAGGAACAAUGCCGAAGAAACAAUCGAGGAAUUCGUUUUACUACUUUAUGCUGGAUUUUAAGGCCCGAGAGGAGAAGAAAGGACGUCAAUUUCCAAAUGGCUUAAAAGACGUGCAGCAAGAUUCAAAAUGUAGCCAGGAGUGGCAGUCAAUGACACCUCAAGAGAAACGUGUUUAUGAAAUGAGAUCUAAAGAUUCCAAAAUUCGCGAUAGAGGAAAACAGGGCAGGUUGACAUGCACGGGUGAAUCUUUAGAUUUCGUGGAACAAGAAGCAAAGAAAGCUCAGGAAUUUGAGGAAAAUAUGAACGAUUUCAUAAAGAAUACCAUCAGUUUGGCGGUACAACACGAGAAUUUAGCUUCUACGAAAUUCUAUUUUAUCCAUGUGAACUACUUUAUCCGAAGACCUAUUGAAAACAAUCGACAUGAUCAUUAUCCCGCGGAAUUUGCGGUGGGAGAAUUUUCUUUAGAAAAUGGUAUGGCAAAUAUAUAUCAUGAAACUAUUCAUAUGAAGGCACCGUUAGGAUAUACCAGAGAGGCAUUAGAAACGAUUCAAGAGACACAUCGUAUACCACUCGAGUUAGAAGGCGGUGAAAAGGAUUUCUAUGCGAUGUACCAGAAGCUGAUAGAUUUCCUUAAAUCUGACACGAAUAACAGCAAUGGGAAAUUACCUCCAUUGUAUACAAUGAAGAAUAAUUCUGCAGCAGUUCCUGAUUUGUUGAGAAGAUUGGCUCGUGCAGCCGAAGAGGAGGAUGACAAGUUUACCGUUUACUCCCUGGAAACAUUAUUUGCAAGUCUUCGAAAUGCAGCCGGUGAUCAGUGUAAUAUAAAUAUGAUCCCAUUGGCAGAAAGAGAUUUGCGAAAUGAUUCCUUUUCUCAUACUCUGGGCUUAGAGUGCGAGUUCCAUCAAAAGUUAGACGGGGCCAAAUUUUUCUGCAGUCAGUCAAUUAUAAAGAGAUGGGCGUUCAUAAUAUGCGACAAUUGUUGCGAAAAGUUGGGAAUUGAAACUAUUCCUGGAAUUCACUGCCCAGUUGCCGUAUCAGAAUCAACUGGAAAUUGUCUUGAACUGUUGAGCGACAAUAUGAACUCAAUGACUCUUAUGGAAAAAAUGGGCAGUGUGCUAUCAAUGACAGGGGUAUCUGAAGAGCAUCGCCGAAAGGCGUCCGAGAGAACUCAUGCCGAAGAACAGAGACGUCGUGCUGAUUCGAAGGAUUUACAUAUUAUAGACCACAGUAAAUUGCCGAAAGAACCAAUCCCGCAGCCCAUUCCGGAGAGACCGCUUCGUCGUCCAAAGACAAAAGGGUAUGCUUGGGCUGCAGGAGAAAUGGAGCCUCCUCAGCUGAACGAUGCAGACUUUCCCGCAAUUGGUGGUAGAGGCGUUGCGUUAAAGAGAAACCUGGCCGAUAGAGUUCCUGGUCGUGGACGAGGUGGCGGUGCUCCACACCCUAAUUAAAUACCUUUUGCUAUUAUCAGUUUUCUAUUCUGGAUCUCGGUUCUUUCAUUUAGAGAUCAAAAGACAAAAGUACUGAACAUCUUAUAGUUCAUAACUACUUGCCCAAAAAAUUUAUAAUAAGUUUAACCUUUUAUUUACUACAAAAACGAAUUGCUAUUAUCAAACUAUAAUUUUGUUGGACCAAGUGUAGGCUGUUAAAUGAUAAUUUUGUUUUCUAAAUGAAAAAUGUAGGAGAAUAUACAGGUUUCUACCAUAUGUACGUUACAUGUUAAAUAUUAAAGACGUUUUUAUUGUAUGUCGGAGCAGUACGAUGUCAGUUUACAUCUGUAGGUGCGAAAAAUUAUAGACAGUAAGAAGAAACUGAAAUAUUUUGUUAUCAGCGUAUUUUUUGGUAGUGGUUCAUUAUGCGUGAAGAGUCCAUCUUAUUAGUAGACUUUGAUGAAUUUAGGUUUACCCAUUGACUAAUUAAGCUAUAGUUUUAAAAAUAUUUGCGCUAUUUCAAUACGCGACUUCAGGGUGUCUGCUUGUAGUGAGAAUAUUUCGUUUUUAUUUAUAACAUCAUUCAAAGGAAUCAUUCUAGUGGGGCUUCACUAUAAGAGGCCAAGGAGCCAUGGCACUACCAUAAAGAACCUGCCAUUUAAGUUUCUUUUUACUUCUGAAAAUAACUAUCAUUACUUAUUUUGUAAUUUUAAAACCUAAACGAUUGAAUCAUUCACUGAAUCAUUCAAUGAUUAUUUUGAAUUGUUUCGCUAGUUAUUUGCACAAUAAAUAAUUACUAGUCACUUUAGAUUUAUCUGAAACGCUUUUGUGAUUAAUAAGAUAUAAUUGUAUUGGAAAUGUUUUAUCGGAGAAUACUUAUUUUGUGACACAAUAAUAUGAAAAGCAGAUACCUUGAUACAAAGUACACUUUUGUUUCAUUGCACAAAUUUAUCCCGAAAAUAAAUUCUGGAUGAAUAAUCACUAAUAUUUCAUUGAUAAAUUUAUCAAUGGAUUUAUCCUGUGAUAACUUCAAAGAUGAAUAAAAAGGAUGUUAACAAUUCACAAAACGGCUUGGCAUUUCUUAGGAAAUAGAAUGUUUCAGAAGUAACUAAAUUGUACGUAUGUUCAACUGUUUAUAAUGACAAUUUCACGAUACGAAAUGAUGUGUUUAUUUUCAAUGUUGAUAAAAUUAUUAUGUCCCUUUUAAGUUUGUAAUAGUUUAGUAUGCUAAACAUGUUUUGCGUACUUCUUGGUUGUUAAGCGAUACUCUAAGACUUAAUUAAAUAUUUUUCCCUUUUAAUUCUAAUGCUUGUAAAAUAAAAGAAUUUUUACAUGA